AUGUUGAAUUCUAGGCUAUCUGAUGAUCAACUGUCAAGGAACCUCGCUAAGUAUAAUAUCUUGUUGGGGAAGUUGACCACGGUGUCCCAGAUUGAUAAGUUAACAGAAGUGAUUAAGAAUGACCAAGAACAGACGGUGGCGUCAUUGAAUGUGUUCAUUGCGGAGUCUCAAUCAAAGCAUAACAAGCAGAUACGUAAAUUGGAGCUACAAAGGACAGAUCUGACGAGUACUCUAUCACAAUAUCACAGUGUGUUAUCGACCAUUGGCAAAUCGAAUAAUAGAUCUGUACAGAUACAUAAUGAAAUCGAUUCAAUUGAUCAGGAGCACAAGCUGCUGUUAAGGACCCUGUCUUUCCUGGAGGAUACUAGGACUUUGAAGAAUAAUAUCAAAUUGAUUGACAGCGCACUUAAAGAACAAAAUUAUCUCGUGGCAGCAACAGCGAUUAGUGAAAUUCGUCAGCUGCCCCCAGGAAUCUUAGAAUCAUCUUUCGCCAAAAAUACUAUACCUAAUGCGGAAUUACCGAUGUUACCAAGCGAACUGCUGGCUCAAUGGUGUAAUCAAUUGAAAGGAUCAUUUAAGUCAUCAUUUGAAAUCGCAAUGAGGGAAAAGGAUAUUGAUAGAUUAACACUUUUCUUCAAAUUAUUUCCAUUGAUCGGUGAAACUGAUUUAGGUUUAGAUCUCUACAGUAAAUAUAUUUGUGACAUCAUCUCAGUUGAAAACAAAAAAUUUCUGGAUAAUACCGUCAACUUAAAAGUCAGAUUCAGUGUAGUCCUUUUAAAUUUAUUCAAAAUUGUUUCUACAAUCAUAAAUGAGCAUUCAAGGAUUAUUUCAAAUUGUUACGGUAAAGAACAUAUCCCAGUCAUUAUGGAGAAAAUCGAAAAGGAAACUGAAUUACAGGCAUCUUUAGUGUUGGAUGUCUUUAGUGACGCUAAACAUAUGAAAGAGACGGUAACGAACAUAUCAAACGAGACUGUUCCAAUAAAUGAAGCGGCCAAUUUUCUAUCGGAAAUCUCACAAAUUCUACAGAACUGGUCAAUGUAUACAAGAUUCUUUGCCGUUAAGUGGAAAGAAUACACAGAUUUCAGUGAAACAGAAACAACUUUAAAAAUACCCUUCCCCAUUGUAGAAGGUACGUUUUCUUCAAAAUUGCAUAAAGACAAUUUUAUAAGAGAUUUUCAAGACAUUGUCAUUAACAACCUUUAUAGAUCGUUUAGAAACAGUGUAAUCCUUGAAGAAUUACCGGAUAUCAAUAACGUCAUCACAUUAGAGACCAUAAGUCAUAAGGAUCAAUCGUCAUGGCCAAUUUCGCCCGUUCUGGAAGAUUUGACAGCGCUGAUUAGAAAAAAUAUGAUUUACACUGUCAAUACUGGUCAAGUUGAUAUUUUAUCGACUUUCUUGGAUGACUUGGUUGUGUUCAUUCAGAAUGAAUAUUUAGUCAAAUUUAUCCAAGCAAAAUUUAAGACUUUACAGUCCGUUAUUGCACAAGGGAGUACGGCAUCAUCAUCCCCAAACCUUUUAAAAAAGUAUACUUCAAUACCCGAAGAGUCAUCAACACAAUAUCCCUCUAGGGCUGCUUCACCGUAUCCUACUAAUAAAAAUGUUAGCUCAACUGCAGCAGCUACCGCAAAAUUAUCUCAGUUCAGUAGAUUCAAUUUGAGGGGUGCUUUUGCCAACAUUCAGUCUAACCUACAGUCGGUAGUCGCCCAAGAAGAAGAAGAAGAGACUAGUAGUGACCCAUCCAUACUAUCCUUGCAUCAUUAUAUUAUUUACGUGAACACUUUAUGUCUCACAAAAGCGGCUAUUGAAAAUUUAUUGACUAAAGAGAUAAUAGAACAGAAUCCGAGGUUGAUCCAGGAUAACUUCCCAUUUGAGGAUGAUUCCACUUAUAUCAAUGAAAAAGUGGAAACUGCACAGAUAAAUAUAAUAGAGCAGGUCAAUAAAUUGCAAAAAUGGGGUAUACAGUAUUUGUUUCAAAAUUUGGUUCAACCAAAAUUGAAAAUUAUCUUGAAAAAGUUGUUUAUAAAUGACAACAAUAAUGCAGGCAGUAAUGAAGAUAACGCUUCUACGUACAUUGCCAAUAUUGAGAAUUUUGAGAAUUUCAAAAAUAUAAACAAAUUUAUGAGAGAUUGGAGAGUAUUAAUUACACCUUUGAAGAACGCCGUAAUUACCUCUGCAUUUGAUGAUCUAAUGAAGUUAAUUAACAGCUUUAUGAUUAAAAUAAUUGAAAAGAGGGUCUGGAACUUGAAAGUGAAUGAACUGGGUGCAAUCAAACUGGAUAAAGAACUGAGUUUGUUAAUAAAUGCUACAUGUGAAUUGAAUUACACUUUAAGAGAAAACUUCGUUAGAUUGACACAAAUUGUUUUGAUUUUGGGAUUCGACGAUGACGAUUUCGAUUUAACUACAGGCGACGUCAAAGAUGAAAUUGUUAACAGUAUAGAUUGGAUACUGAAUCCGCAGGAACGUAUAAAAGCUAGAAAUUUGAAGAUUGAUAAAAGACAUUAG